AUGGCCGCGGCCGUUCGGGACUCACGUGUGGGUGCAGGGAAAAAGCUGAAAAAUUCACUUAGGAGGAAAAAGAAGAUGAAAAUGGUAGCAAGGGCAGUAGCUUCGGAGUUGGAAGAUGAGGGCAAAGAUGCUGCCGACAGUGGAGGUUCUGUAAGAAGCUGUGGAUCAGAAAAGGAUCACUUUCCUUCAGAUGAUGAAGCAGUGGAAGCUGACAAUGAAGAUGCAGUUGAACCCGAUGGCAGUGGACGUGAAGAUGCAGCUGAAGCUAGUGUUGGAACUAACGUGGGCUGGGCAGAUGCCAUGGCUAAAAUUCUUAACAGAAAAACUCCUAGAAGUAAGCCCACUAUUCUGGUCAAAAACAAAGAGCUGGAAAAGGAAAAAGAAAAGUUAAAGCAAGAGAGACUAGAGAAGAGAAAACAGCUUGAUAAGAAGCGGGAAUGGGAAAUGAUGUGCAGAGUAAAGCCAGAUGUUGUCAAAGACAAAGAAACAGAGAGAAAUCUUCAGAGAAUCGCAACAAGGGGUGUGGUACAGUUAUUUAAUGCUGUUCAGAAGCACCAAAAGAAUGUUGAUGAAAAGGUUAAAGAAGCUGGAAGCUCUAUUAGAAAACGUGCUAAGUUGAUAUCGACUGUUUCCAAGAAAGAUUUCAUCAGUGUUCUGAGAGGGAUGGAUGCAAGUGCAAGUGAGAAAAGUUCGACUGGAAAGAACUUGAAAGCCAAACCGACUGAAGUGAAAUCAGAAGAGGGCCCUGGGUGGACAAUCUUACGUGAUGAUUUCAUGAUGGGAGCGUCCAUGAAAGACUGGGACAAAGAAAGUGAUGGCGCGGAUAACAGUGAGCCAGGGUCUGGGAGCGACUCGGAUGCAUAAGACUAGAGGAAACAGCGUACAAUCAUUGUAUUUUUCCUAGGAAAAUACUCCGUGCUCUAUAAGUUCUGUGGUUAUGAAGCUCUCAUUUGUAAGAAAGCCAAAAGACUUACUAUUGCCAACUUUGGUGUUUUCUCUUUUCAUGAAAACUUUGUUAAAUUAGGUUUUUCAAACCUUGUAUAAUUUUAAGCAUUGUUUUUCAAACAUUUGUAAAAAGAAGUAUUUCUGUAUGCUUGACCAGCGAGAUGCCCAUUUUGCUGGGAUCAUUAUAAGUUUAUGUAUUGGUCGUGGGAUAUUGGUGUUUUGUUUCAGUAUCACCAGUCCCUCUAGACAUGCAGGGCUUUUCAUAAUUAAAGUGAACUCCUUAAUGUUAAUAUUUUUCAGCUUUCCAACGUAUUGGUCCUGUGUGUUUGUGCUUUUAUGAGGGGAAUUUUUGGUGUUUGUUUUGGUGAGCUAUUGAUAGUAUUUCUGAUUCAGGGUGAUGAUUUCAGUUUUAGAACUUUUGGUAAAUAAGAUUUAAGAAAUGCACCAAAUCUCCACUUUUCUGUUGUGUCUCCUUUAUAUGCUAAAACAUAUAUGAUGAUUUAGAUUUAUCUUACGUGUUAGAUUAUUUUUUAAAUGAGAGAUUUACUGAGGUGGAAAUUCUCAUGUUUAACUUAUGCAGUGAGGCAUAAUUUCUUAGAAAGCAUAUUUGACAUGUUUUCGGCUCCCCCCCAACUUUUCCCUAAUAUUUGAGUUAGCUUAAAUUCUCUUUUAUGGCUUGACUGACCAGUGAAAAGGUAAGAGUUAGGCUCCAGGUAGCCUGCAUCAGAAUACUCCAUCUGUUUGGAGAUCUGGUUCCUUAUUGUUCCCUUAAAGAUGAUUAAAUUGGGUGACUUAGUAUCUAGAUGUUAAACGAAAAGAAAGUAAGACUGUUGAAUAUAAUUCCAAAACUUAUUUGAGUUUAGGUCUAAGAUCUAAAGUUUAUAAAGGAAUUGUUUAAUAAAUGUGAUCUGUUCCUUUUAAAACAGGGAUCUAUUCCUUUUUCCAUCAUAAAAAUAGUUCCUUUCUACUACUCAUUUGCACAUACUUGCAUCCUCCCCUCAAACUUAUGCUGGAGCGGAGAUGUUUAUAUUUUCAAACACAUUUGAGUGUUACAGGUAUUACAUAUCCAAGGUUAAAUUAAUCCAUGGCGUGGUAUUUGUUAUCAUAAAGGAAGGUGUACCCUUAAGAUACCAAGUGAUUAAACCAGCAAAGCUCAAAAUGCAUCUUUGUAUUUAUCCCAACUUUUGAACUUCAGUAUUUUAUUAAAUUAUAGAACUACCAUUUUUCAGGGUAAUAUAAAUGUGAACAAAUACUCCUCCAAAUAAUAAGAGUGCUAAAUAUAAUGAUAUAACUUAUCACAGGUGAAUAUUUCAUUUUAACUUAAUACAUACAUAAUUUUGAAAAAGAAAAUUCUUUGCAGCAGCUAAAAACUUUUUUCUCCCCAGAAUUAAAGAUUAUACUUCUUUUUUGCUCUUAAUCUUAUCUAGAUCAUAUUAAAGCAUUGCAAAAAUUUUUCUGAAUAGUACACUUAGUUGAUAGAAAUGGGCAAAUAACUCUUUAUUUACUAAAACGUUUUUGAAACAUACCCUUACAUAGUUUUUGGUGUAAUUUAGAGUAGUUGGGCAAGAUUUUUUAACUGAAAAUAAGGAAAAGAAUAUACGCAGAUUUUCUUCUUUCAGAAAUUAUUUUAUUCCAAAAUAAAGAAGAGUUGCCAAUAUAAGAAAAAAAUUUUGUUACUUAUGUUAGAAGGCUAGAAAGCAUAUUCAAAGUACAUGAAAUAAUUUCUAUCAUAAAAACGAGAUGUUUUAUAUGUAUUAGUAUUGCUGCAUCUUGGCUAUACAAUAUGUAAGCAAAAUACCAUCAUGUAUUAAUAUAAAUCCAAGGAUGAGCCUAUUAUUUUAGAAACUAAGUAUGUAUCUUGAGAUGAAUGUUUUAAAUAUUCUGGCUCUGUCACCUCUACCCUAACUUAAGUAUUUUACCUACAGCAUUUAAAUAAUUCUUACAUCAGUCAGAUGGAUCUGCAUCUAUUCCAUCUUCCUACAUUUUCUUUGAGUUAAGGAGGGAAAAGAAAAAAGAACCGGAUUUCUAGAUUUCCCCUGCUUUAUCUCAAUAUAAUAAUAAUUGGAUUUUAUUUCUGUUAACUAGUUAGAGUAAUAUAAUAAUAAAAAAGGUUAUUUUUAUUUGUUUAGAAAGACUAUGGAAAAUAGUAACCAGGUAACUAGUAACUAGGUAUUAUCCUGUCCCCUUAUCUGGAUAUUUAGAUAUCUGUGGUAAGUGUUCUCCGUAUUUAGCGUAGUUUAGUAUUGGUUAUUAAUUGUUUUUAGGCAUUGAACUCUCAGUCAAAAUUAAUACCUGAUUUAGGCUGAAAACACUUAGAAUCAUCUUAGUAGUGUAGCACGUUAGCCUGGAGUCAGAGUACUGAAUUUAUUUUCAAGUUACAUAGAAUUCUACGUAGAUCAAAUAUUAUUCUACUCAUUGAAGAGCGUACCGUGGAAGCCCUUUAGAUGGAAUGAUCCGAAGGCUCACCUUCAGUACUCAGAGCUGAAAAUGACUCGGGAGCAGGUUCCAGAAGGUGUAUUUGAGGGUAAGUCCCAAGUUCUUUAAAAUAUUUUGUGUGUUUUACAAGGGAGUGAAAAGAAUGUUCAUAUUCGGGGAAACCUCUUUUGAUCACUGUGUUUUGCAUAUAUGAAUAUAGUUAAUAUUUUUGGCCACCAACUCUUCCUGCCCCCUGUGCUGGUCUUCAGGCAGUGGGAGUCUAGUACUUCAUUACAAAGCCAUGUGAUUACGGUUCAUGGAUGCCUGAAGAUGUCCUGGUUAAACAUACAAUAGCAGAGACUUUCCAAGGUUGAACUGUGAACAGAAAUAUAGACAGACUGAAGAUAUAAAUUGUGUUGCUAAGAAGUUAAAGAAAUUAUAAGGCCUAAGAAAAUGCCUGCAAAGGAAUCUCCAAAGAGCUAAGUAUUUCUAUAGAAGAGAAAGGACGAGGUCAAGUAAACAAGGCAAUACGUUUGCAAACUUUGGAUAACUUUUUUUGGUCCCUAUUUAUCUUCACUUGGUUUUUGUUACUUUUAUCAUAGAUUUUUUAUAAAUACAUGUGCUGAAAAGAGUCGUAAGUGAAAUGGGAUGGAGGUUUUAUUUCUUCAGGCUUUUUAAUGACUUUAGAGUACCAUUAUUGUGUUUUGUAUGUUGAUAAUUUUGUGCAACAUAAAUUGCACUUUUAAAAUAAACAUUUUAAAAGGG